AUGCCUCCCGCUCAGUCGUUUUUCAUAUUUCGACAGCUUCCCCGUAGAACAGCUUUAACUGCUGAAGAUCAUCCUGCCCACAACAACACCCCAUUGUCGUGGAUCGUUAACCCGAUCAAUAAAACCGGAGCGGAGCCUCGUCUCUAUCGCCGCUCCGACACAACGUCCAUCGAACUAUUCUUUGACUUGUUUUUCGUGGCCAAUCUGUCCACUUUCACAGCAACACAUGAGAUCAACAAUCUGAAUGCGUUGGGGUCCUAUGUGGGAUUCCUCGGAGUUAUUUGGUUCACAUGGCUACAAGUCACCUUGUUCGAUAUACGGUUUGCGCAGGAUUCGGUCUUCGAAAGGACUUGCAAAGCCCUUCAACUUGCAGUGAUGAUCGGUUUUGCAUCCGCCGGAACUCGUUUUACGACCCGCGUUCGCGACGAAAAUUUAUGGGCGUUUCAAUCGUUGAGCUUGAUUCUGGCAGGGAGUCGAAUAUUGUUGGCGACCCAAUACACCAUCACUCUUGCAUUCAUGUACCAACCCAUGAAAGCCAGUGCGAAGGGCGUUGCAUAUACGGCUAUGAUGUUUUGGGCAGCCACAAUAUGCUACCUCGCAAUGUUUUUCGCUUUCAGCCAAGGUCAUCAGGUCCCUUCUCGAAUCUGGACCGUUUGGUUCGCCCUGUUUGGAGUUGAGAUGUGGACGGUGAUGGUGGUCUCUUGCGGUUUUCCUGAAAUUGGCUUUCAGGACACCUACCUCAAUGUCCGGAUGGGCCUUCUCACGCUCAUCAUCAUUGGCGAGGGGGUUAUUGCGGUCACUCGGAUUGUCAACAAGACGGUGCGGCCAGGGGGAUGGACCAAAUGGUCGUUUGUUCAUAUCUUGGGAGUGACAACCAACGUCUACCUACUAUGGCAGGUUUACUUUGACCUGUCCCCGGGGCGUCGACUUGGUAGAGUCGCUCAACAGAUCUGGGCGCAACUCCAUUUCCCCUUUCAUGUGGCACUGAUUUUACUGCUGGAGGGCUCUCAAAUACUGGCCUUGACUUUGGAUGUGACGUUAAAGUUAAAGUAUCUGGGACAGACGUUUCUCUUUGUGUGUGAAGAAAAUCGUCCAAGCCAACAAAAGGCGAUUGCACUGAUCAGAAGCACCAUCACGGACAUGGAGAUUCCAUUUAGCCGGGGAGCAACACAAGAAUGGGCGGCAAUCUCGAGUCUUUUGGAUGACCUUUCCAAUCAACCUCUUUGUCCUGAGGUCGGGACAUUCAGUGCGCAUCAUAAUGUGGACAUCUUCAAUGAUCUGAUGGGCAAUGUUACUGCAGCCCUGUUCUCCAGCAUGGAUAUCACCCCACCAGUAAAGGUGGACAUUGGCCUGCUUGACAGCCAUCAACUGCUGCAAAUGUACAUGAAAUUGUUAGCAUUUGUGUAUAUAUACUUCUUUGCUGGAGCCAGUUUGACGAUGGGCUUUUUCAGCGUAUUCACCAUCCUUUCUCGUCGGCACAAGCGCUUGCUGUACCUCGGUCUUUCCAUGGCAGUGAGAGCUCUACUUGCAAUUUUUCUGGCGGGUCUAGUCUCAUUCGCCAGCUACUUCCCGUUGGCCUAUUCCUUCAUGACCUCGCCGAUCAUCCUGUAUGCCUUUACACUGCCGCUUCUUACUGUUCUUUUGGUUGACCGACUUUUGGACGGUCUGGCAUCUCGGAGAGACGCAGCCAGCCGACGGAAGCGGGAAAACACCAUGGAGCUAAAGCGUUCCACCCUUACUGGCAUCGCAGAAGAUCAGAGCUCUGUCAUGGGUCGUGAACGACAUGCCCCAUUGUCAAUUGGUGGAGAGGAGGCUCAUUCUCGGUCAUCUGAGCCAUAG